GAGCUCCUCCCCAUCCACGCUGGAAAGUGGACGGGCUUGAUUUCGUGCUGGUCUCUGAGAAAAUGGGAACAUACGGGAUUUGGAGCGGAAGUGUAGGAACUGGUCCCGGGUGGCGAUUAAUCCAUAGAUGCAGAAGACGUGUGUGUGUGUGUGUGUGUGUGUGUGUGUGUGUGUGUGUGUGUGUGUGUGUGUGUCGGGAGGAGGGGCGUCAGUGACCCGAACACGUCGUAUUUCCUAGUCUCCACGCUAUUCUUGAUGAACUAGGAAAGCAAAGUCAAGGACGAGGACAAGGAAACAUGAAAGUUUGAUGACAGUGGAGGGAAAGACGUUUGAAACCCGGUUGGAAAGCGCAGCCGGCCGGGGCAGUUUUGCCUGGCGAGGUUAGUCUCCCUCCGCUCACCAUAGUUGCGUUUCCUUGGAGACCAGACGUUAGCGAAAGCGCUAACAAGAGGUGGCAAGCUUCACCGGCUUCUGGAGACGGUCUGUGCCUGGAGGAUCAGGAUUCUUCUCUUUUCCCCAAUGGCACUAAAACGCACCCACUCUAGGACUCACUUCCCAGGGCACAAGUUGCAAGUACUGUGGUCAGAGAAGAACCUGAAGUCGAAUACUCUGCCUCCCCUCCAACAAGCCAAAGGCCACAGCAAAAGCAAGAUGAAGACUCCGCCAGUGAAGUCCCAGUCCUCUAUAGACGUGGUGAGCUUAUCAAAGAAUGCACGAGGACCUCGAAGAAGGGAAGGAAUGCACCAUGGGAAGAUGCAGGCCAAGGUCCGGCUGAUGCGGUCGAUGCUUCGAAACCAGCGGACCUCACUCCAGGAGCUCUACAACCACGAGGGCUUCCUCAGCAAGCUCAACCAGGAGCUGAUCCAGGCCAUCCAGGACAUGGAGGAGAACAUGGCCGUGAACGUGCGCACAAUGCUGCAGCAGCAGGGCAUUCUCGGGAAUGUCAUCGACGUCUUGGAGUACUCAAACAAGAAGCGGGUGGAGCAGCUGAGGUCUGAGCUCCAGGAGUGGAAGGAGAAGGAAGAAAGCAAAACAAACAGCUUGAAGCAGGAGGUGGAUCAGCUAAAUGCUGAAAUCCUGAAGAUCCACGAGGAGGUGAAUUUUCUGAGCACCUACAUGGAUCACGAGUAUCCCGUCAGGUCGGUCCAGAUCGCCAAUUAUAUACGCCAGGUGCAGCAGGCAAAGGACAGCCAGCAGGAUGAGCUGGACAGCCUUAGAGAGAUGCGUGAAAUGAUCCUGGGGUGUUUUUCCAACAUGAUUGACAAGAAGAAGAAGAAAAUCCUGAAGUCUCUGAUGGUGAAAACCCAGAAACCCUAUGAGGAGGUACUUGUGUUGAAGACCCUGGACAGCCAGCGCCUGCAGAGGUGCAUGAUCUGGUUCAGACAGGUGUACCCCAGACAUGCCCGUGGAGCUCAACAUUGCUGUGCAGGAGCCGCUCCCCUUCUAGAUGGCACGCCUGGCACCUCUCCUCCCUGCUCUCUUCCGUCCCAGGGGUUUGGGCUGGUUUACUUGCAAGAUGCUGUCUCCAUUAUGAGUCUGAGCCACAGCCCCUCCUCCACCCCGCUCCCCUGCUGCUCCGACCAGGCAGGACUUCCCAGUCUUUGCUGCCAAUAAAGCUGGGCUUGCGUUUG